GGUGUGACUCCAGAUCACAUCCACUCGUCUUCCAAUUCAGUCAUCUGAGCUAUGAGACGACAGUCUCUUAAUAUAGUCUAGUGGGGGGUAUAUAUAGGGUACACAUAGAGCCCUGACUUCAGAUCAACUUCUGAACGACUGUCUAGGAAGGUGCUCUACAUCAAGACAGGAACAAACAACCAGACAGACUGAGAAUCUGCAGUCAUCAAGACUUCUGGAAAAGAAGAAAUUCUGAAGACCUCUGAUUGUGCUGAACCUUUUAGCCACAUUGAGAAUUAGUGGAGAAUUUCUCAUCCAAUCUUUGGAACAAGAACAUUAAAGAAUGAUGAAGUACUAUCAGUGUCCAGUCACCCAGACCAUGCGCUAUGAGGGGUGCAAUCCAAAUGCCACUAGACCAGUGUCAUGCUUUCAUUCACAGCCUUCUAUCAAACCUGUUCGCAAUGUUCACUUUCCCAACGACAUAGUCUUUCAGGAUUAUGUCCGUCAAGGAGAGCUGGAGAGAAUUGGACGCUUCAUUAGAACCAGAAGAGUGAGUCUGGACACCAUCUACCAUUCAGGCAUGGCAGCCAUUCAUGAAGCAGUCCUAUCUGGAAACCUGGAGUGUGUGAAGCUUCUGGUAAAAUUUGGGGCUGACAUCACCCAGAGGGAUGAGGAUGGAUGGACUCCCCUCCAUAUGGCAUGUAGUGAUGGCUUUCCAGAAAUAGCUAAGUACUUGCUUUCUUUGGGUGCAGACACUGAAGCUGAAAAUGACUGUGGGGAGAAGCCUGCUGACCUUAUUGACCCAGACAGCAAAGAGCUGCUUGAACUCUUCAGGGUCGGUGGUGCCUGAACUUGCCUGACACUGAAGUUCUGAUUGCUCUCAUCUGUUAUAGCAGUUGCCACAUUAAAAGGAUGAAACCAGUAAAGGAGUGGAACAGCCAUUAUGUAUGCAGUGGAGCUGGUAGUUGAGACACCUUGACAGAGUGUCUGGUUAUAAUUAUCUGGUCCCGUGCAUUUGGACCAAAUACAGUGAUUAGGAUGUGAGUUGCACUUGCCUCCACAAGAAGGAACUGUUCCAAUGUAGAUGAUGUUCUUGCUGUAAGCAAAUGACAGUCACAACAGCUUUUCUGUCAAUGUGUUCUAGUUAACGCUUUCUGUUUUAAAACAUGAUUUUUAAGUAGCAGAUCAAUGCAGUAAAGUGAGAGUUUAAUAAAUAGCUCACUGUGAUUGUAUGUGAUUUUUUUAUUAUUUAUUUUUUAUAAAAAAUGAAAUUGUACAGAAAGUCUUAAUUUUAUAUAUGUAUGGAUUAAAUGUUUUUAUACCUAAAUAUACAUAAA